UUGAUAAUGUUGACCCUUUGUGUUCUGCACUGCAUUGCUGUGCUGUAGCUUUUAGACUCCAGUCAGUGACUGGCAUCAUGGAGGAAAAGCAGGCGACUGGAGCCAAGUGAAGAGGAUCAAACGUCACUUACCUAUCUUUGUUUCGCCUGUUAUUUUUAUUUGAAUUCGGUUAUCAAUCAACACAAACAGAACCGAAGACACCUGAGCGGCCAAUAUGAAGCAUUUUCUGAGAGUGGUGACCCAGUUCUUUGUGUUCCUCUACUGUAAAUGUCUGUGGCGGGGCCUGAAGUUUGUAGCCAGAAAGUUUACGGGGCACUGCGAGCUGCAGCGAAUCUGCUACAACAACAAGCAUGGAGCCCGUAGGACCCUCAAGAUAGAAUCGUCUCUGAGGUUCUCCAAAAAUGAGCUGCUACAGUCCGCCCUCAGCAUCCAUCCUGAUAAAGUGGAGAAAACCAUUGAAGACAUCAUGGCGUUGAAGAAGAUUAACCCUGACACCAACCCACAGUUGGGCAUCUCUCUCCAGGCCAGCCUGCUGCAGAUUGUGGGCUACAGGAGCCUGGCGGCAGAGGUGGAGAAGCUGCGCAAGGAGCCGUACGACUGUGAAAACCCAGAGCACGAGGACAUGCUGAUAAGGCUGUGGAAGGAGCUGCGUCCUGACACACCUCUCACUGGACGCAUAUCUAAACAGUGGUGUGAAAUUGGUUUCCAAGGCAGCGAUCCCAAGACUGAUUUCCGAGGCAUGGGCCUGCUGGGCCUGCACAACCUGCUGUAUUUCGCAGAGCAUGACAAGGCUACUGCUCUGCAGAUGCUCCACGACUCCCUGCAACCAAAGCACAAGAGCACACACAGAAAUCCAAGUGAGAUAAACAAGCCUGAAUGGGAACAGAAGAACAUCGACAAAGCUAUUGGAUACUCCUUUGCCAUUGUGGGCAUUAACAUCACAGACCUGGCCUACUCUCUGCUGGUGACUGGAGCUCUGAAGACCCACCUGUACAACGUGGCCCCAGAGAUGCCAAGCCUGCUCCACUUCCAGCAGACCUUCUGUUACCUGAUGCAGGAGUUCCACCGUUUCUGGAUCGAGGAGGAUCCCAGUGACAUAAUGGAGUUCAACCGGGUCCGCUCCAAGUUCCACCGGAGGAUCCUCCGACAGCUGAAGAACCCGGACAUGGCUCUGUGCCCCCACUUCUCCGCCUCCCACCUCCACCUGGUCAACCUUUAAACACACGAUCCCUACUAAACCCUUCAUAUCCCCACAGAGGUCUCCCCUAGAUGUCCGGUAGGUCA